AGACGCUGCAGAGGUCAAGGGAGACGGAAGGAUGUCGCCUCCAGGGCUGGGGCCACGGGCAGUGGCAGGGCAGGUUCAGUCGUCGAUGGCAAGUCUGUGGCUGACCACGCACGCUCACAGGGGUGGCCUCGAGCAGAGGUCGGACAUGAGAACCCAGGAGAAUUCGGGCCCCGGCUGCGGGACGGCUGUGCACCCCCACCCUGGCCGUGGCUGGCACCUCCGAAGGCACAGCUGUCCUUCACUCAUACAGAGCAACCUUGGGACAGAUGGUGCGAGAGGAACGGCAACUCGAGGAGGCACAUUUUAGGAACCUGCCCACGGAGCCAGCUUCGAUUCUCCAAACCUCUUCAGCCUGCACUGGCUGCCAGUCCCUGACUCGGCACGGAGGGCCUCACCAGCCAAUCCCCAUGCCCCGCCCCGGCACCCCCUUCACCAGGGGGCAAACUGUGCUCACCACCACCCAGCGCUCACCUCCCGGGCUCGGAUGGAUGGCAGGGAGUCUGACCCUUCUCUCUGGGGAUGCAAUUCUCUCUCUAAAGUCGAGAGCUCACCACCCCGGGCGUCAGUCACUGUGGACAUCACCGCAGACACCACCCCGGGCGUCAGUCACUGUGGACAUCACCGCAGACACCACCCCGGGCCCUCAGCACAGUGAGGAAAGCACCAGCCGCCUGCAGCCGAAGUACCCGCGGAGAGGGCCUGGAGUCUCCCCAGGUGCCCGGUGCCACAGGAAGUACCCGCGGAGAGGGCCUGGAGCCUUCCCCGGUGCCCGGUGCCACAGGAAGUACCCGCGGAGAGGGCCUGGAACCUCCCCAGGUGCCCGGUGCCACAGGAAGUACCCCGCGGAGAGGGCCUGGAGCCUCCCCAGGUGCCCGGUGCCACAGGAAGUACCCGCGGAGAGGGCCUGGAGCCUCCCCAGCAGCCACCUCACCCCUCUGCAAAACUGGCGCUCCAGCCGCCAGGAGCUGGAUGCGCCCCAGCUGCCCAGCCUUGUCUCCGGCACCUCUCACCUGGAACGCCUUUGGUUCACGCUGUCCACCUCCCCCAGCUGGGGGUGGCCCAGCAGCACCUCCCCUGGGAACUCUCUGGCUCCCCCGAUCUGGCCCCCGUUCCGAUUGAGCCCACCUCCCUCCCAUCGGCACUUCAUUCUGCCCGCAUCCCGGGGUCUUCACCCAUUACCCCGAUGCCCAGACACGGUGGGUGUCCAGUACUUCUCAGGGGACUAA